AUGCUGUCCGCUACUUCUGUGGCCAUCCGCGCUGGCGCUCGACGAGCUGCUCCCCGCUUUGCUGCUCGCGCUGUUAGUGUCAAGACUGCGUCAACCACGCUCCGAUCCAUCGACGUCAGCGCCAGCCGAACCCUUUCGACCACACGAGCUCUCGCCUCGUCGCUUGCUCGUGACAGGACUCGGGAGAUUGUUGCGCAGACAAUCAACAGCAUUGGAAGCAAGCGGGAGGGUGAGCAGUAUCUGAAGCUCUUCACCUCGGUUGAGUCACAGAAGUUUGCCGUCAUCAAGGUCGGCGGUGCUAUUCUCACCGAAUACUUGGACGAGCUUUGUCGCAGUCUGCUAUUCUUGACCGAAUUGGGAUUGCUUCCAGUGAUUGUCCACGGCGCCGGACCUCAGCUCAACAACUUGUUGGAGGCUGCUGGUGUUGAGCCCCAAUUCGAAGAGGGUAUCCGAAUUACAGAUGCCAAAACUCUUGGUGUUGCUCGAAAGCUGUUUCUUGAAGAGAACCUGAAGCUUAUCGACCGCCUCGAUGAGCUUGGAAUCGCAGCCCGAUCCAUUAGUGGCGCUUUUAUCGCCGAUUAUCUCGACAAGGACAAGUGGCAGUACGUUGGAAAGAUCACAAAGGUUAACAAGGAGGCUAUUGAGAACUCUAUCGAGGCCGGCUAUAUCCCCGUCCUUACUUCUAUGGCCGAAUCCGAGGAUGGCCAUCUCCUCAAUGUCAACGCCGAUGUCGCAGCGGCCGAGCUUGCUCGCGCUCUUGAGCCAUUGAAGGUCGUUUAUCUGUCUGAGAAGGGUGGAUUAUACAAUGGUGAUGGAGAGAAGAUCUCUGUUAUCAACCUGGACGCCGAGUUCGACCAUUUGAUGAGCCAGCCCUGGUGCCGAUAUGGAACCAGACUCAAGAUUCGCGAGAUCAAGGAUUUGUUGGAUACUCUGCCUCGCAGCUCGUCUGUUGCCAUUAUCCACCCCAGUGAUCUCCAGAAGGAACUCUUCACCGACUCCGGUGCCGGAACUCUGAUCCGCCGAGGAGACAAGGUCCGCAAGGUUUCUUCUUUCGGUGAGAUCGAGGACGUGGCCAAGUUUAAGGAGGCUUUGAUCCGCGACCGCCAGGGUAUGGACGCCGAGGCUACCGUCGAUCGCUUUGUCGACCAGCUCAAGGAUAAGAAAUUUGAUGCCUACUACGACGAUGGAAUGCAGUGCUUAGCCAUUGUCCUGCCUGCUAGCGAGGAGCGAGCUAUUGCUACGCUUGCUACCUUGAACAUCACCAAGUCUGGAUGGUUGAGCAACAUCGCCGAGAACGUCUUUGCUUCCAUCAAGAAGGAUCACCCCAGCCUGGCCUGGACUGUCAGCGAGGAGGACGAGAACCUGACUUGGUUUUUCGAGAAGGCCGAUGGAACCUUCAACAGAAACGGGAAUGUCCUGUUCUACUAUGGAUGCGAUCUCCGCUCCGAGGCUCUCGUUCCCGUUUUCGAGGACUUUAAGGCUCAUGGCCGUGCCAUGCUCGGUGAUGCCAACCUGGAGUCCCGGCUUCGUGACGCUGCGAAGACUACUAGCGAGAGUUUGAACGCCUCGCAAAGCCGAAACUAA